AUGUCAAUCAAGAUCCGGAAGCCCACCUCAAAAACCCCUUCCCCACCCCACCCCCAUCAUUCGCUGCACAAACGAACACGCUCGUACCAGGGUGCUCCGCUGCUGGACGGCGGGUGGGUGUCGGUGGCCGAGACCGACCCGCUGAAGGGAUUGCUGCAUGGAUUGCUGUACGGAUUGCUGUACGGGCUGUUGUACGGACUGCGGCAUGGAUUGCUGUACAGUCUGUGGCCUGGAUUGCUGUACGGAUUGCGGCAUAGAUUGCUGUACGGACUGUGGCCAGGAUUGCUGUACGGACUGUGGCCAGGAUUGCUGUACGGAUUGCGGCAUGGAUUGCUGUACGGACUGUGGCCUGGAUUGCUGUACGGACUGUGGCCAGGAUUGCUGUACGGAUUGCGGCAUGGAUUGCUGUACAGUCUGUGGCCUGGAUUGCUGUACGGACUGUGGCCUGGAUUGCUGUACAUACUGUGGCCAGGAUUGCUGUGCGGACUGUGGCCAGGAUUGCUGUACGGAUUGCGGCAUGGAUUGCUGUACGGACUGUGGCCUGGAUUGCUGUACGGACUGUGGCCAGGAUUGCUGUACAGUCUGUGGCCUGGAUUGGUGUACGGAUUGCGGCAAAUUGGAUUGCUGUACGGUCUGCGGCUUGACUCGUUGUACGGAUUGCGGCAUGGGUUGCUGUACGGAUAG